AUGAAGUAUAUAAUAUCGGACUACUAUCAAAAUUGUUUGGUUCAAACUCCAUACAAUUUUGAAGAUGAGCGCACCUUUUUUUGUGAAGUUAUCAUACCGAUCCUCAAAACAUUUGCUAUUCACAACACCAAUAUGACUUUCAAAUGGUGUGAAAAACAGUCGAAAGAGAACAGAUCAACAUGGCUGCAAAACAGUGAUUACAAGCCGAAAAAUGUUGAAAGGAGGCUGCUGGAUGGAUACGGUCUGAGUGAGAACAAAGGUAUUGCAGUGCUAAUCGAAUCAUCUGGUUCGGAGUCAAAAGUAGCGCAUUCUUUGACUUUAACAACCACGUCAUUGAAUUAUAACAAAAAAUGGCAAAUUAUUGAUGUGAGAACUGCCACCGUCCCUACAACCAAAGAAGGCAAAUACAACUUAGUCAAAGUUUUUGAACUAUUAGCCCAUUUGAAAGAAAUUUGGGAUGAUCAACAAAAAAUUGUAUCACAGUUGGAAGCAGAAGCAGUAGGUUUUGGUGGGGCGUUCGAGAAAACAGUUGAAGAGCAUUUUCAACACCAGUAA